AUGUCCAGGUUAAGCACAAGUUUUGAUCUUCUUGGCUUGGCGGAGUUGGAAAGAUAUAAAUUCGUCUAUGCCGUCUUAGCUCUUUUCCUCUACCUCUUCACCAUCACCAUAUGCUGUUUGAUCGUCUACGUGGUCUGGGCUGAAGAAACGCUCCACGAGCCCAUGUACGUCUUCAUAAGUAACCUGGUCAUCAAUGGAAUCUACGGGAGCUCCGUUGUACUCCCCAAGAUAAUUGUUUCCUUGCUGUCUGGCUCUCGGACUACCUGGUUUCUUGAGUGCCUCAUCCAGGCUUUUGGCAUUCACAGUUUUGCUGCCGUCGAAUUGUUUACCUUCACUGUCAUGGCUCAGGACCGAUAUUUGGCCAUCGGUCAACCGCUGAGAUAUCCAAUUUUCAUGAACAACGAUAAAGCCAUUAAACACAUUAUCUCGAGCUGGGUGGUCGCCUUUAUUGUGGUCCUCAUACCGGUGACAAUGAGUGCGUUCCUCCACAUGUGCGGCGUAAAUAUUAACAAUGUAUUUUGUGAUAACACGUCAUUCAUUAUGCUGGCCUGUGGAGGAGCUUCGGUCAAUAAUAUCUUUGGAGCUGUUGAGGCUUUUUCGAUAAAUAUCAUCUGUCUCCUGGUCAUCAUUUACUAUUACAUCAGGACAUUCGUGAUUUGUCUGAAGUUCUCUAGAGAGGCCUAUCAGAAAGCUGUCCGCACUCUGGUCACACACCUAACUGCAUUUUCCACGGUCAUUAUCUCCAGUUUCUUUGUUUUAUUGAGAUACCGGAUAAAUGGCGGGUCUAUUUCUCUUGCGGCUCACGUCGUGAUAUCAGUCUUUGGAGCGGUCACCCCGACUACCCUUAACCCUCUCAUUUAUGGUUUCCGGACGGAAGCCCUAAAACUGAAAAUUAUCCGAAGGUUAAAGAAAACCACAGGACGUGGCAAUGUGCUGACAUCAUAG